AUGGAAAUCUGUUUUCUGACAAAGGGUGGUGCUGGUUUGGCACUUUUCAGCCUUGGCAGCAAUGACACCGACUCAGUACCGGUAGAUACCAAGGUCGUGUAUCAUCGCCUCGUCAAGGCUCUUGAGAAAAACAAACCGCUUCAUGUCUUCAAGAACCUUUUGUGUCAGAAUCCAAGAGUCCUUGAUCUACCUGACGGUAUACUGGAGAAGGACUUUGCCGAUAUAGAUGACAAUGAAGAUGAGGUUGAAAUGUACCGAAAGACAUUACUGCACUGGGCCUGUGAGUGCAGCGCUCCUCUGGAUAUUAUUGAAUUCCUGGUGCAGCAAAAGCCGGAGGCCACAACAGAGAGUGAAUAUGAUGAUGGCAUGUGGUUGCCACUCAACAGUGCACUGAAUGCUGCAGCUCCACUGGAUGUUGUGAUAUUGCUCCUGGAAACGACUGUGCGAAUGGAUUCAAGAGCUCUGGAUUGGCAAUAUGGUUGCGCAUACUGGACCCAUGUGACGGAAUGGAUCUUGAAAUCAGACAUGAAUAAUGAUAUCAAAGCCAUGAUGGCGAGCAUUGAUGACGACGAGAUGGGUGAAUCGGAUGAGCUUUUGGCAGCGCAGAAAGCAGCCUCGAGCCAGCAUUUGAACAUUGCGACCAUCAAGACCCUUGUCAUCAAUACAGAGAUUCAAAAGUUGUUUCAACAGCAAGAGUUUCAAUCUGCCGUCAACGAGGUUGCGUUUCUGGUUGCCAGUCGAGGAGUGAAUUGA